AUGAAACUUAACAAAUCAGAAUCAAAUGACUCUAUAACUCAAUCCUUUUUAAUUAAUAUCGAAAAGAACAAAUGUAACAAAUAAUAGCGAUAAAAUUAGAAAAUAAAACCGAUACUAUAAAUAUCUAUGAUUUAAAUAGUAUUAAACUACAAGCUGAUGUGAUUCUUAAAAAUAUUGAAAACUAAAUUAAUAGUAUUUUUUCAUAUAAUAGAUAGAAUGUUCUUAAUGGAAAACUUAAAAAGGGUAACAUUUUUCAUUAAAUACAACUUAAAAUACUGGAAUAUAAUAAUAAGAAAGAUAGUUGAGCUCAUCAAUAAAUAAAAAAAUUUAAUAACCGAGACCUUUUUCAGCAUUAUCAGGUAUAAUUCCAAGAAUAAAGCGAAUUGAAGAAAAUAAAGAAAAAGAAAAAAUAGAAUAAUAAUAACAAAUAAUUGAGAAAUGUUCUUAAACAUAAAAACCUAAAAGUACCUUAGAUUUAAAUUAAUUAUGUAAUCAAGAGAUGAUCAUGGGAAAUUUUAAAUUAGAAACUAUACUAGGAUCUGGAUCAUUUGCAAUGGUUAGAUUGGGCAUUGAUAAAAAUACUAAGGAAAAGUAUGCUAUUAAAAUUUAUGAAAAAUUAAAAUUGAAUGAUUCUUAGAAAAUGAAUAAUGUAAAAAGAGAAAUAUCCAUAUUGAAAAGAAUUGAACAUUAAAACAUAAUAAAAUUGUUUUGGGCAAUAGAAGAUAAAAAAUCAGUACAUUAUUUUAUUAUAAGAUAAAUUUAGUCAUGGAAUAUAUUUCUUCAUAAUCUUUGGCUUCGUACAUAAAGUCUAAGCCAAAUAGAAUUUUACCAGAAAAAGAAUGCUUAAAUUUAUUUUAUUAAAUUGCUAUAGCAAUAAAAUAUCUGCAUGAUCUAAACAUUUGUCAUCGUGAUAUCAAGUUAGAUAAUGUAUUGAUGAUGAAAACAAAUGUUGUAAAGUUAAUUGAUUUUGGUUUUGCAAUUUGUAUGCCUUAAAAUCAAAAAACAAAUGUAUUUUGUGGAACACCACAUUAUAUGUCUCCAGAAAUUAUAGCAAAAGUAUGUUUUAUAAUUAUUUUUUUAAGAUUCCCCAUCAUCCAUCUAGUUCAGAUAUAUGGUCAUUAGGAAUUCUUUUAUCCAAAAUGUUAACAGGAGAAUAUCCUUUUAAAGGAUAAAAUGAUAAAGAUUUAUAUCGCUAAAUUUAGUGUUAAAAACUAAAAACUAAUUAAGAUAAAAAAAUUAAUGAAAAUAUAAUGAGAGUUAUAAAUGGGUGUUUAGAAAAAAAUACAUAAAACAGAUGGAAUAUAGAUCAAAUUAUUAAUGAUCCUGUGUUUCAUAAAGAUCUUUUUAUACCAUCAGCAAAAAGUUUUUGA